UGGCAGGCGUAUCGUGCAGUAUCGUGACGUGUUGGAGUGCUGGAGUGUUUAAAAUAGCCGCCCCACUGUGUGAAAACCUGUUUGUUGACAGGUGAUUUCAGGCAAUCAGACAUGGAGCGACCUCUGCCGGUACCUAAAGACAUCACGGCCAGUACUCCGCCAGGCAACAGACCAACAAGAAAAGAGGCGCCACUUCCUCCAGAGCCCAUAGACAGGGAAGACAACCACAAGUAUGAGCGAGUGUCUUGUCCGGAUGACGACAGUCAUUAUGAUAAGUUAGUGUACCCGAAGGAUGUGGCCGACGAGGAUUUGAACCAGCGCCUGCAGCACAUCGAGGAGACGCAGGACCGCAUGGCCAAGGACUUCCACCUGAGUCAGCAGGCCAUUCUGGGUGAGAUCCGGCGUCUGACUGACUCCAUGGAGCACCUGAAGACCAUGAGCAUCAACGUCCAGCGCUCGGUGGUCGAGUCCUCCACCGUCCUGCAGGAGACCGUGGAGAAUCUCAAGAAACAGUUUCUGGAAACUUCCGACCACCUGGGUCAGCACGUGCUGCAGGUCAGGCGUGACGUCUUGAACCUGAAGAAAGAGGGCGGGGCCGGCUCGACCCCUGACCCCGCUAGUCCCCAGCACGACACGCGGGUCAAGCACAGCUUCGAGUGGGACAUCAACAGCGUGGACAACCUGAUCAAGACCCAGGGUCACGUGUCCAGCUAUUCCUACCACAUCGGCGAGCUCAACUACAAGCUGCUGGGGGCCGCCGACUUCACCAAGGACGGGCUGAUGUUCAUCAAGAUCUCCGGCGAGUCAACCCAUCCCUCCGGCAACGAUCACCUGACCAAGUCGGGCAGGUUUGAGUGUAAGGUCAGCGUGACCGACCGCUCGGGGAACUUGGUGGACUGGGUCAUCGGGAAAGUGAGCGGGGAUUUCUUCAAAGACAAAGUUUGGAUGGUCGGGAACGCCUCAGUGCCAGACCUGAAGAAGAAAGGUUACUGCGUGCAGGGGAAGACAUUCAAACUCAAGUUCGCCAUUGACAUCUUUAAGUAGCGCCAUCAGGGGAAGACAUUCAAACUCAAGUUCGCCAUUGACAUCUUUAAGUAGCGUCAUCAGGGGCAGAUAACAUUCAGUCCCUUACAGGACUUCCAUAAGCGACGCUGGAACCGUAUCUGAUUGGCUGUUGCUGGGAGACCCGUGUCCAUGUCCACUGGUCAAACAGGUGCUGGUCCACUGGUCAAACAGGUGGGCGAGAAAAUCAUUUGGCUGAGAUACAGGGGAGGGAAUCCUAAGGGGAAACUACAUGCGCCAGUGUUUGUUUACAAACUUUGUCUCUAUGGGUGGGCUGUUGGUGGGGCUGUUGGUGGGCUGUUGGUGGCAACGUGUGAGACCCACCCUGAGAGCUGGAAUCAUUUCGUAGGCAGUCAGAUGUAAUCAGAUGUAAUCAGAUGUAAGCUUUACUACGGCCACUGACAGCACUAUGGCCACUGACAAUGGCCACUUCUGUUAGACGUUUAGUGUAGUUUUAGAUCAAGUUGUUUUACAGCAGCGUGUUGAAAUAAAAUCGCCCCGUGUCGUGCUUGUGUUGUUCAACUUGACGGGAAAAUGCGCCUUUAAUAAAAAUGUGAAAGAACGGGAAACACUUAUACUCGUGCGGGAAUUCCCGAUAUAAAAUUCAACAAUUGACAUUGACACUCCAUGUAAAAAUAAACAAUGUAGAAAUUGUUUUGUUAUUGCAAGUUUUUAUAACACGCUCUUAUUUAAAU